CUGGUUCUGGGUGUGUCAGGCUCAUAAGAGGCAGGAGAAUACCUACAGGCACAGAGUGCAUUCAAUCCAAUGACAAUUUUUGCUAUCCAAAUGGAGCAAACCAGUAAGAGCCAGCUUGGAAUAGACUAACCAGGUGCCAGAGCGAGAGAAGGGGUGGGCAGAGAUGCAGGAAGAGUCAAAUGUUGUGGUGGCCGUCAGGGUAAGGCCUUUGAAUGAGAAUGAAUAUAACCAAAGAGAAGAGAGCAUUGUACAUUGGCCAGACCAACACAAUCUACUGGUGGGAGUGUUGGGACAGGAGCGGGUGUUUGCCGUCGACGUGGUCCUGGGUCCAGACAGUUCCCAGGAUGACGUGUUUGCGGAGUGUGACAUGACCAGACUCAUUGACAUUGCCAUCAAGGGGUUUUCCUGCACAGUGUUUGCUUUUGGACAGACGGGAUCAGGAAAAACAUACACCAUCACCGGACCCCACUCCCUGUUCCAGGAGGGUUUCGAUCACGCCUCUCUAGCUGGCCUCAUGCAGAGGUCUCUGUUGUACCUGCUGGAGCAGGUGAACUGCUCAGGGGAAGAGUUUCACCUCCGUGUCUCCUACCUGGAAAUCUACAAUGAACAGGUGCGUGACCUGUUAAACCCGUGGUUGCCUUACACAUUGGUGGUUCGUGGGAGCAGAGUGAAAGGGUUCUAUGUGGAGAACCUGUCAAUGGUGGAGUUCCAAAACCUGGAAGGCUUCAUGAAACUCCUAGAGAGAGGGAUGCAAAAUAGGCAGAGCUCCCCUCACUCCCAGAACGAACACUCCAGCCGCAGUCACUCUAUCCUGACUGUCUACAUUAAGGGUGUGUCCACCAUUGGGAAGCUGUGUGUGGUGGACCUGGCCGGAAGUGAAAGGGUGAGAGAUGGAGACUCCACCGAGGAGCUGCUGGAGGAGACGGGAAACAUCAACCGCAGCCUGCUCACUCUGGGGAAGUGUAUUUCCUCCUUGGUGGACCCAAAGAAGAGGGAUGGGCACAUUCCGUACAGGGACAGUAAACUCACCAAGCUGCUCUCUGAUUCAUUGGGAGGCUCUGGCAUCACUCUCAUGAUUGCGUGUGUGUCUCCCACUCUGCGUAAUCUUCAGGAGACCCUGAACACUCUUCAUUACUCCAGCAGAGCCAGGAGGAUCAGAAACAAACCCAUGGUCAAGAGGGACCUCCGUGAGAAGCUGGUGGUGAGUUUACAGAGAGAAAUCCACAGAUUGCGAGAAGAGAACCUGUUACUACGACGACACUUCUCCGCAUCCCCUCAGAGUGUAGAUGAGUCAGGAGGUCGGGCUGCUAAGGAUCCUGGGAGUUUGAGUUGUCCUCAGAAAGCUGAGGAAGAGCGCAGAGCUUGGCCAAGUUCCUCAGAGACCAGCCUGAGGAGCAUGUUGCAAGAGCUCAGGAGACAAAACGACAAGCUGCAGCGAGAUAAACUGGCCCUGCUGGACAGCCAGGAGUCCUUCAACCAGCAGAGGGCGCAACUCUCCCAGGAGAACAACCGUCUGCUGCGCAAACUAGAGAAUCUGGAGAGAGUGAUCUCCAGCUCGCCCCAUUCUGACAGCAGUCGCUCUGGGCAGUCCGUCCACGGAGCCUGUGGAGGCGGCUACCACAACCCUGUACCCUACCCCUGUAAACACACCAACGGUCCUGAUCCCUCCAUGGUGUACCCCUGGCAUCCUGUCCAUUACUGCUGUGGCUGCUCCUCAAACAGGAACCUGACUGUGAUGCUGCCACCCCUCCAGGAAGGACCCCCACAGAGAGCGGUCCAGAGCCCAGUAGAGAGCACCCAACCUGGGCCACACCACCUAGGCCCUGCCCCAGCAGACCCAGCACCCCAUAGGAAGAAGUGCCAGGCGGGUUAUGUGGAUCGGUAUCAGGAGCUGAAGGAGGCUAGAACACAGAAAGCCCAGAGGACAAUCGGGGGGGCAGACGUCCGGAACCUCCGUCCUGUUAAUCAUCCCACAAGGGGGCAGAGAGACUCGUGAACAGAGAUAACCAGUCCAGAUAGAUCAAUGGUUAGAUAACAGGAGACAAGUAAAGGAAGACAUCUAGGGUGAGCCAAACACCAAAGGAACGAAU